GUCAAGCAUGACGAGUGAACGCUAGUUUGACAAGCAUAACACUUGAGCUACGUGUCUAAAACCACGUGACCUGCCUAGAUAGCUGUAAUUUUCUUUUUCUUUUUUGGCAUACAGGCGCGUUGCUCAAAUAUGCUGAGCUUGAAACCCGCCUGAUGGUCAAAUGUGUUUUAGUAUUGUAGGUGACUGACUGUUUUUGAGACGCAGACAUUAUAGCUUGUUAAUCUACUGUACUACUACUGUAUACAAACAUACGCUGCCGCUGUCAGGAGGAGGGACCGAUUAUGCGCUUAUUGCAGACAGUAUAAGCAGAUGUGGAUGUGUCGUACCCGACUAUCGUCAGUAUCAUUUGAUUGGGACUAAGGAUGGCAGCAAAGGAGGAUCUUUACUCAAAGAUUAUUCCGCGCAGACUGAGACAGAACAAUUGCGUCUCUCUCAAACAUGGAUCCAAUCUGGACGUGCUGCUGUCGAUGGGAUUUCCUCAGAUGAGAGCGCUGAAAGCUCUGGCAUCAACUGGAGGCAGAAGUGUUCAGCUUGCAUGUGACUGGCUUUUCUCACAUUUGGAUGACCCUUUCCUGGACGACCCUUUACCCAGAGAGUAUGUGCUCUACCUGCGCCCCAGUGGGCCUUUACAAAACCAGCUUUCCCAUUUUUGGCAGCAGUCUCGCUUAACUUGUGGAAAGAACAAAGCUCACAACAUAUUUCCACACAUCACACUCUGCCAGUUCUUUAUGUGUCCAGACAAUAAACUAGUGGACCUGUGUGAAGCUCUGCAGUCUACAGUGAAUCAGUGGAGAGGACGCUUCCCCAGCCCUUUGCCCCUGGAGCUCUACACCUCCACCAACUUCAUUGGCCUCUUUGUGGAGGAGCAGGUGGCUGAGACACUGAAGAAGUUUGCGGCUGACUUUGCUGUGGAGGCUGCCACUAAAGCUGAUGUCCAUGUGGAACCACAUAAAAAGCAGCUUCAUUUGACUCUAGCCUAUCACUUCCCAACCAAUCAUUUUUCUUGCUUGGAAAAGUUGGCAAGAGGGAUUGAGGUGAAACUAGGUUGUGACUGGCUAGCUGCCCUCUUUUCACGGGACAUAAGAUUUGCGAAUCACGAGACUUUGCGAGUGAUGUACCCCUACACUCCUCAGAAUGACGAUGAGCUGGAACUGGUGCCAGGAGACUUUAUCUUCUCAUCUACAGUGGAGCAAAUGAGUACCAGUGAGGGCUGGGUGCACGGCACGUCUCUGGGAACAGGCAUCUCUGCACUGCUGCCGGAGAAUUAUGUGAGCCCUGCUGAUGAGUCUGACACGUGGGUGUUCCACGGAUCACACUCCUUCUUUUGUACUUCUCCUUCGGAAAAGUGUUCCAAAGAGAGCAAAGUAUUGGAUGGGCUGCUCAACCUUCGAUGCUUUGAAAACUCAAAGCUGGGAGAGUCUGCCAUUUUGAGUGUUAUUUGCCAACCAAUGCAGAUGCUUCGUUCCAACAUGCAGUCUCAGACCCCUAAAAGGACCCUGUUUGUAUGUCGGCAUGGAGAGAGAAUGGAUGUUGUGUUUGGGAAACACUGGUUCUCACAGUGUUCUGACUCCAAAGGCAGGUAUGUGAGGAGGAACCUAAAUAUGCCUGCUGCACUGCCUGCCUGGGGUGGAGCGCACAGGGACUAUGAAAUGGAUGCUCCUAUCACAGUGGUUGGAUCUACGCAGGCUAAGACAGUGGGUGAGGCUCUGCUGGAAAGUAAUACCAGUAUUGAUUUUGUGUACUGCUCGCCCAGCCUCCGAUGUGUCCAGACAGCUCAUGAAAUUCUCAGAGGAAUGCAGCAAGAUGGCACCAUAAGCAUUAGAAUUGAGCCUGGGCUUUUUGAGUGGACUAAAUGGGUGUCCGGGACAUCUUUGCCUGCUUGGAUACCCCCCACAGAACUUGCUGCGGCCAACCUUAAUGUAGACACAACGUACAGACCCCACAUCCCCAUUAGCAAGCUAACCGUCUCAGAGGCGUAUGACACGUACAUAAGUCGGAGCCACCAGGUGACCAAAGACAUUUUGGCAUACUGCAAAAAUAAGGGCAAAAAUAUUCUGUUUGUGGGACAUGCUUCCUCUUUGGAGGCCUGCACUCGUCAGAUCCAGGGUCUUUCUCCCCAGAACCCUAAAGAUUUUGUGCAAGUAGUCCGAAAGAUUCCCUACCUGGGUUUCUGUGCCUGUGAGGAGCAGGGGGACUCAGGAGUCUGGCAGCUUGUGGAUCCACCAAUUCUUCCUUUAACUCAUGGGCCCAACCACAGCUUCAGCUGGAGAGAGACCUUACAGCAAUAAUGAUCUUAUCUGCUGGGUGAUUCCACAAGAGACUGAAAUGCUACCUGCACUUAGAAUAUUUUUUUUAAACCGAUCUAAUCUGUCACGUUUUAAGUUAUGCAAAUUAGAUAUUGAUACAGGAUGUGGCAGAGCUUUUGUUUGCAGGUGGACAGAGGAGACUGCACUGAAAAAUGAACAUUUGUGGUAGUGUUUACUGAGCCUUUAAAGAGGCUUUCUCAGGGCAUUGGCUAUCACUUUAACUGGUCAAAAUGCACAGUGGCAUAAUGCAGCACUUAUUGUAAAGAUUACAGAUCAUGUCCUGCCAUGCAAAUAUGUACAAUUCUGCAAGAGCUUAAAGGCAGCCAUGUCUCAAUUAUUUCUCUUGCAAAUGUUACUUGAAUACAUAAAAAGUGUAAUAUUUGUUUUAGCAUAGCUGAAUGGAUAUCAGGUGCAUUUGUAAUAUCUUUACAUUAAAGCUGAAGUGUGUAAUUUUUAAAACAAAUAAUUCAUAUUGUAAUUAAUAUUAAAAAUGGCUCCUGUCCCAUCUCAAAAUACUGUAAUAUGAUCAGAUAAAUAUAAAGUUAUUUGCAAGUUGAUUUUCCUA